CCAAUUACUGGGGUAGUUUAAGUACAAGCAGUGCUAUAAAAAUAAGUACCAUUUAUAGUUUUUCAUUGAUAGCAUCGACUUAAACCUGCGGGCCUUUCCGGUCCACGAGAGGACCUAAUGGUUAGCUCCCAUAGUCAAAUUGUUUUUGGGAUAAUUCAAUGUUUACACGUAAUGUGCAAUUUAAGCGAAACUCUCCGGACGUCGAUGGCGCAAAGGAAAUACUUGAUGUUAAAUACACAAGCAAUUACGUGCCGACUGGGCUAAGGCAAAUAAUGGAAAAUCAGUUCGAAUUUGCAGUCUGUACUCGUAACUCGCAAAUUCAAAAUUACAAACUGCUGAACAAAUAGUCGAUGCACAGAAUUAUCCAAUAAAUACAAAUGAAAAAUUAGAUAAUUUACUAAAGUAUCAAGGAUGGAAAAAUUUAAAUGAUGUAAGUUCAAUAAAUUAUUGUAAAAAAAUAUAUUAUGUUAGAAAUCUGAUUGAAACACCUUCAUCUGUUCAUAAAGGCGACCAAAAGAUUCGAGCCUUGACUAUAUAUCUUGGUUGUAUAUAUGCAAAAGUUAUGAUUAAUAUUUUUCUAAUUAUUAUCAAAUGGCAAGAAAUUUGUAAAAACAAAAAUAAAGAAGACCACGACUUAUUAAAUGGAUGCAUUUAUGCUAAAGAACUCAUAAACAUAAUAGCCAAAUUAAUUGUUCCAAUAGCAACAUUGUUAAAAGGCGCAAUGGACGCUUUAGAUUCAUUACAUCAAUUUCCAUGGGCUCAUUUUAAAAUGUUUCGCAAUAAGCCCUUCAUGAUAAUACUUUUAUUGGAUAGAAUAGGAUAUAUUCUUGACGAAUUGAAUGAUCCUAAUCUAUCAUGUGAUGAUAGAUCUACAAACUCUUCGACAUUUGAAAGUGUAUAUAAAUUUUUUAAAAGCAUAAUAGCACUUUUACAAGUUGAAACUGGUUUAUUUUGUGAAUUUGUACCUUCUAAUAGAAAUUAUUUAUGGAAUGAAUGGGUUCAAGAAUAUAGAAUCAUUAACCAGGGAGAAAUGUUAAUAUUUUUUAAAUUCUUAACUAGAAAAAUUAAAUAUUAUAUCAAGACAGUGAUCAUAGAAUUGUAUUUUCAAUUGGGAUUUAAAUUUGAUCCAAUUACCGAAGAAACGUUUUUACCGACACCAGAGGAGCCAAUUGACCUAGAUUUGGAGUUUAAAGCAAUAGACGAAGAACCUCCAACACCAGUGCAAAUAGAAAAUCAUUAAAUAUUGUAAAAAAAUUAAUUUGUUUUUACAUUUAUGUUUUAUAAUUAAUUAUAAUUUUAUAAUAAUUUACGGUAUUACUUAGUAAAUAUUUCAAUUAUUAUUAAAACAAAAACAUUAAUGGUGAAACACGUAAUUAUUUAUUGGUUGUACACACGUAAAUAUUUAAUAUAGUAUUUAUAUUAACAAUUAUAAAAAUU